GCGCGCAGAGCCGAUGGUGGGAGGCACAUGCGCGCGCUAGUGCGCGAGAAAGAGAGCGAGAUAGAGCGAGAGGGACCGAGUGUGGUGGUGGGCUAUAAGGGCGGGUGCGCCGCGCCGUCUCCGCAGUGAGCGCCGCGACGCCUCUCCAGGCCGACGCCACUCGCGGAGCGUUAGCAGACACUGUGAUGCGCACGAGGUGCAUGUCGUCGUCGUCUUUCUCUCUCUCUCUCUCUCUUUCUCAUGUAUAGGUAGUGCGUGCCCGCGACGAAGAGCGAGAGAGAAUCCAAUUUCCGCGCGAUAGUGUUCUUGUACACGGCAGCAGUGCAUUCCUCGGAGCGGCGAUGCCGCGAUAGGCGAAUUCUCCGGAGGAGUCCGCCGAGCCAAUAUAAGCGGGAGAUUCCUGGGCAACGACAUCGAGGCUGCACCGCUGCGCCCCGAGAUAUUGGAAUCGCAAGAAUCGCAUGGGGCCCACUGAGGCGUCGUCCUCAAGCAAGCCGUCCGAGCCGCCGGCCCAAUGCACGAUACCGAGGAGCGGAUGAACCACAACGGCCACCAUCAGCACCACCAGCAUCACCUGAGAUCGGCCUCGUCGUCGACUUCGCGACACUCCUCGUCCUCGUCGGCGAGUAGCAACGGCAAGGGCCAACACCACAACCACAGCAGCAGCGGCUCGAGGAUGGCGUGCGAGAAAGCUUCGCGCAAGCUCAGGGCGACGCUGCUCAAGGCGGCCAGGCUCGGCGUCUCCAGCAGCGAGAUCGCCAGCCUACCGGCCGCCAAGAAGAUCGUGUCCCAGAGGGAUCACGACUGGAAGCUGGCGGUGCUGCUGCUCCUCAUGUUCGGCGGCGGAGUCAUAGUCGCGCUCGUCUGCACGACGAGUAGGGGCUGCUCCAAGCUCGAGGACAUCAAUUUGGCGACCUAGCCGGCGCCACGGCAGAACUGCAGCGACGACGACGACCGCCGCCGCCACACUUCAUUGUUCCCGUGAGAGGCCGCCAGCAGCAGCAGCGGCAGCCACCACCGCCGAGACGUCAAGGAGCAGAGGAAAUUAUUCAGCGAGAGCCGGACUACUUGGUACAUAUAUAUACAUAUAUACAUACGGAGAGUACGGGGGAGGAGAAAAUGCGGUGCAGCCAACGACGAGUGCAGGAAAAAUGGGGCGCGCCGUCGUCGCACGAAAUAUUUGGAACGUGUGUGUGCGGACGACGAAGGCUUUUCAUCACGCGGAUAUGAGAACGAUGUGUGUGCGCGAUAGUGCAGAGCUGUGUAAAAUUACGCAGAGGUGCGAGUGUAUGUGUGUGUGUGUGUGUGUGUGUGCUGUAUAGCUUCGAUCGACUCUGCGUUAUUCUUUUUUUCCUACUAAGCGCGUAUCGAUUCGCGGCUUCGAAAGAGAAAGGCGCGAGGUAUAAAUGAAAUUUUGCGCUUGAGAUAAAGGUCGUUUUGGGAUAGCCUGCUCCUGUGUGUGUGUGUGUGUAUACUGCUGAGAAGCUGCCCUAUCGGAUUGAACUUCGGAGAGAUGAGAGCGCGGAUUUCGUUGCUCUGUUUUUCGCGCUUACGAGAAUCCAGUUAUCUGCGAUGGAAUGGACCCUGCUCGCUGAAACGCCUGCCGUGCAGUGCAUUUUACGCGCUCUUCGAAGGCAAUCUUGAAAUUCAAAUUUCGCGCUCAUUUUUGAACACUCUCGCGCGGGUUAUCCUCUUUCUCCUUAUAUCGAUGAUUGUAAACACGGCUUUGAUCGCGCUUCCAUCGACCGCUAUGGAUUUCUGAAGCUCGUCGAAGCCGCGCAGCGAUUACCCAAUUAUACAGCGAUCGGUCGUCGUCAUUUUUAUUUUUAGCCGGACUGCAACCACCGCAGCCGUAACAAAUUAACGGCGGCAAUUACCGAUCUUGUUAGUCGUCCUCGCGAAGAGCGAAAGAGAGAGAGAGAGAGAGAGAGAGAGAGAGAGAGAGAGGCAGGCGUGUGUGGUGUGUGUGCAUGUGUAUACUGAUGGACGGAUAGAGUCGUUAAAUUCACGCUCUCGUGAACUGCGGCUAAUAGAGGGUGGGAGGAGAGCGAGAUAACGCAAACAAACGUACACAUAACGCAGCGUUGAUUGAGGCUCGCGCGGCUAAUACGAGUAAAUCCAUCGUGGAUGUACCCUUUUUUAUACACGCGCCUGUUAUAUCAGACUGCACGUGACGCGCGAAUGAUGUGUGACGUAGACGUGCGUAUGUGAGGGUCAGCAGUGGGACGAGUAAAAAGCUCUCGACGGUCCUUUGUAUUUGCGUAGAGAUGCGUGCGAUCUCGAGUUCACCGAUGCGUGAUCGAGCUGCUCACUACCUAGUUUGCGUCGAUGGUGAGAAUUACCGAUUUUUUUCGGGAAUUCGAAAUUGAGCGAGCUCGCGGACCCCGAGAUCUCCGUGUGGAAAGAGAGACUAACAAAUUUGAAAAAAGCAUCACUUUGUAAAUAUACACCGACGUAUAUCCUCGAAUAUCAUUGCGACUUUGCUUUGUUUGGGUCGUGCGGCGAAUAGAUACGCGAUACACGUAAGCCUCUUAGCUGGUAUAGUCGAAAAUUUACCAACGAAAGAUGAAAAAAAAAUACAAUACGCGACGCCGAGGUGGGAAAGAGUCCGGCAAGAGUAAAGCAAACUCUUUCAUCCGAUUAUUUUAAGCCUUUGGGAAAGAGAGAGAGAGAGAGAGAGAGAGAGAGAGAGAGAGAGAGACAAAGAUAAUUGACUCGGAUGCUUACCUGCCUCGACGCGGACAUCGGCGAUUGUCGUUCCGAAUUUUCUCGGCCCGAGACCGGCAGCGCGAAAUCACUCGCGAGAGGAUAAGACGGAAAGUCGAUUUCUCGGCAGGGAGGCGAUACCUACUUCGGGGAGAUAAACAACGAUUAUUUAUAUAUUUCCAGAAGACGGAGAAAGACGAUGGAACGCCGCACGCGUGACCCAGUUGUUUUGAAAAUCCCGAGAAAAAUAGCUCUCUAUGCAACCGCGUGCACAAACACCAACGUGCGCGCACAUACCCACACACACACAGGGUAUAUAGCAGGAACAAAAUACAGUGAGAGAGGGACCAUCGAGAGCGGCUGCGCGCGCGCACGCCUGGGCUUUCAUAUUUCAUGAAUAUUUCAACGGCCGGCCCCGGCAAUAAAUAGCUCUCCUAUGCUCGCGGCUCGCUAGCUCGGUAUUAUAUUCGCGCGCGCGCGCGCACACGGAGAAAAUAAAUCGCCGGGACAUCGCGGAAUACUAAUUGAGUCGGACUCGCUCCACUGCUGCGCGAAGCCGUCGCUCGCAUCCUUUCGUAUAGCGCCUGCGGAGAGAAGACUGUACUUGUAUACGAAUACGAUCGUACGAUGCGUCGCGAUUGUUUCGGGAAAAACUGGCUUAUGUGUCUAGAUUUCUCUGUAUGACAGCAAUAACGCUAAUCGACGAACAUAAUCAAAAGGUAUAUAUUUUAGCCGGUGCGAGUGUGUACAUGCGUAGCGCUAUUACGGUAUAAGUUUCGUUCCCUCAAGCUCAAUAUACCUACUUGUAUAAAUCUAUUCGGAAAAAUCUCUACUGUGUAAAUAGGACUUUGUGUAUCGCUCUCUCUAAUAAUCAUACUCUGUAGUCGACUUCGAGCAGCCAUAAGCCAGCGAGAGCUUCCGUGAGUGAGUGCACGCGCUUGUGAGUGUGUGUGUGCGUGUGUGCAGAGCGCGCAAAAAAGGACGAGCGAGAUUCGGUAGUCUUUCAACUGCUGAAGAACACAUCACGAAGCGGCGGCGAAUGCAAAGGCGUCGAGGCGCGUCGUUAAUGGCCCGUGAAUGGAAGCUCGGGGCCGUCAGUAAUGACGCCGACAAGCAGCAGAGCGGCGGCGGCAGCGACAAACCAUGAAAGCGAGCCACCUGUUACUCCCCGCGCGUAACUUCGGCUCUUCGAUGUAUCCCCCGAGGAGAGAGAGAGAGAGAGAGAGAGAGAGAAGCCUCUCUAGCCUUCGGGGAUCCAUAGUUUGUGUGCGCGUGCGAGUGUGUUUGUGUGAGGUGCAGUCGAAAAGUCUUUGGCCCGGCUUGCGAGCGAGUGUGUGGCAGUGGAGGCUUGUGUACGAUAUAUCGAUUUUUCGGAUGAACGAGAGCGAGUGAGUGAGAGAAGCUUGCGGUGAGUAAGUCUCCUCUGCAGCAGACUGCAGGGACUCUUGAGUGCGGUCAGUGUCUUCGCAUGAAGACGAACUUUACCGAGGCGUGUGCGAGUGCAGUGAACGAGUGCAGGGAUGGCAGCUUCGAGCUAUGUACAUGAUGGCACAUUCGAAUAAAACUAUGUCUAUAUGAAAUUAUUGUACUUAUAACUUUUCUUUAUAUACAGUAUAGAAAUUUUAUUAUAAGAAUAAAUUAACAUUUUAAAUCCA